GCUCUGCUUGGAGAUGCUCCGCAGCCGAAUAGGCAAACGAGCGCUCUGUAGUCUGUACCCUGCUCUCCUAGGUUUUAGUGGAUUUUCAUGGCGGCGGCGCUGCGGACGCCGGCGAUUCGCAGUCGCCCCCUCGCCGCCUACACAUUUCUCCGGACCCGCAGCGGCUUCUCCACUAACCCACCCCCCCCGCACACCCCCGCCACUCUCAGCGCCGAGCUCCUCCGCCUUCUCUCCGCCGCCCCCGCUUGGACACACGACCUGGCCCGAGCCGUCUCCUCCACCCUCUCCGCCGCCCCUCCCCCCUCCCCCGAUGUUGUCCUCUCCGUCCUCCGCUCCCUACAGAACACCUCUCUCGCCGGUCCCUUCUUCCUCCUCGCCUCCUCCGCCUCCUCUCCCCACUCACUGCCCCCCGAAGCGUAUAACGCCGUCCUCCCAUUCCUCUCCCACGACCUAGCGGCUCUCGACAAGGUCCUGGAAGAGAUGUCCCUCCUGGGCUACGGCCUUCCCAACCCUGCCUGCGCCACUCUAGUCUCCACCCUCGUCCGCUCCCGCCGCCUCGUCGACGCCUUCCAUGCCAUUGGCAUCAUGCGGCGGCUCAAGUUCAGGCCGGCGUUAUCUGCGUACACCGUGCUGAUUGGUGCUCUGGCUGAGGCGCGGCAGCCCGAGCGUGCGCUGGAACUGCUGCGGCAGAUGCAAGAGGUCGGGUAUGAGGUGGGCGUGCCUCUUUUCACGACGUUGGUGCGGACCCUGGCCCGCGAGGGAAGAGUGGAGGGCGCGUUGAUGCUGGUGGAUGAGGUGAAGGGGAGAUGCCUUGAGCCAGAUAUUGUGUUGUACAAUGUGUGUAUUGAUUGUUUUGGAAAGGCUGGGAAUGUGGACAUGGCCUGGAAGUUCUUUCAUGAGCUGAGAGCCCAGGGUCUGCAGCCAGAUGAUGUAUCAUACACAAGCAUGAUCUGGGUGCUUUGCAAGGCAGGGAGACUAGGUGAGGCAGAGGAGUUAUUUGGGCAGAUGGAAGUGGAAAGGGCUGUGCCUUGUGCUUACGCAUAUAAUACUAUGAUCAUGGGAUAUGGGUCAGCUGACCGGUUUGAUGAUGCUUACAAGCUGCUUGAGCGCUUGAGGGAGAGGGGUUGUAUUCCAUCUGUCAUUUCAUUUAAUUCUAUUAUCACGUGCCUCGGGAAGAAGAGGAGGGUUGAUGAGGCACUGAGAUUGCUUGAUGUCAUGAAGAAGGAUGCUAAGCCAAAUACCUCAACGUAUAACAUCAUUAUUGAUAUGUUGUGCAUGGCUGGGAGGGUUAAUGAAGCAUAUAAGAUACGUGAUGAAAUGGAACUUGAUGGCCUAUAUCCAAACUUAAUGACAGUUAACAUAAUGGUGGAUAGGCUGUGCAAGGCAAAGCUGCUCGAUGAGGCCCAUAAAAUAUUUGAAAGUGCGAGUCAGAGAGGUUGCAAUCCUGAUUCUGUGACGUACUGUUCCCUUAUGGAUGGCCUUGGAAAGAAGGGAAAGAUUGAUGAGGCCUAUAGGCUAUUCGAGAAAAUGUUGGAUGCAGGCCACAAUGGUAAUCCUGUGUUAUAUACUUCCUUGAUCAGGAAUUGCUUUCUGCAUGGAAGGAAAGAAGAUGGGCACAAGAUCUUCAAAGAGAUGAUCCGUCGAGGAUGCAAGCCUGAUCUCAUCCUACUUAACACAUAUAUGGAUUGUGUUUUCAAAGCAGGUGAGAUUGAAAAGGGAAGAGCAAUUUUUGAGGACAUCAAGAGUUAUGGGUUUCUUCCUGAUGUUCGAAGUUACUCCAUUUUGAUUCAUGGUCUCACAAAAGCUGGUCAGGCUAGAGAAACGUCCAGUAUUUUUCACGCAAUGAGUCAGCAAGGUUUUGCACUUGAUGCUCGGGCUUACAAUGCUGUUAUUGAUGGGUUAUGCAAAUCUGGAAAGGUAGACAGGGCCUAUGAAGUUCUCGAGGAGAUGAAGCUAAAACAUAUCUCUCCAACGGUUGCUACAUAUGGAUCGAUUAUUGAUGGUCUGGCCAAGAUUGAUAGGUUAGAUGAGGCUUACAUGCUUUCUGAAGAAGCGAAAUCGAAAGGAAUAGAAUUGAAUAUUAUUCUGUAUAGUUCUCUCAUAGAUGGCUUUGGGAAGGCUGGCAGGAUAGAUGAAGCUUAUUUAAUUUUAGAAGAGAUGCUGAAGAAGGGUCUGACUCCAAAUGCUUAUACAUGGAAUAGUCUCAUGGAUGCUUUAGUGAAAGCUGAAGAAAUCAACGAGGCCCUUAUUUGUUUCCAGUCAAUGAAGGAAAUGAAAUGUCCACCAAAUACCUAUACAUACAGCAUUCUUAUAAAUGGCCUUUGCCGGGUACAGAAGUACAACAAGGCUUUUGUGUUCUGGCAAGAAAUGCAAAAACAAGGUUUGAUCCCAAACGUUGUCACUUACACAACCAUGAUCUCCGGGCUUGCAAAGGGAGGGAACAUAACAGAUGCUUACAACCUAUUUGUGGGGUUCAAAACCAAUGGUGGAGUGCCUGACUCUGCAUGUUUCAAUGCUCUCAUAGAGGGUAUGAGCAAUGCAAACAGAGCAAUGGAGGCGUAUCACAUUUUUGAAGAAACUCGUCUAAGGGCAUGUAGAGUCAAUGUGACGACAUGCGUCAGUCUUUUAGACGCUUUGAACAAGUCUGAAUGUCUCGAGCAAGCUGCAGUCGUUGGUGCAGUUCUGAGUGAGAUUUCCAAAUCCCAGCAUGCUUCUAGAUCCUUGUAAUAUUCAGGAUCUUGUAUUGUGACACACUGUUGCAGAAUUUGCAUCUCUGCUGUGACUGAGUUGAUCUGGCUGUACUGUUUGUGCUUCUUGGUCACUUGAUAUGGGAGUUUUUAUGUGGCUUAUAAUAUAUUUUUUAAAUGGCUGAAAUUGAAUGCAUGCCUGCUGUGCUGCUGUUUGGAGAGAAGACAUUCUUCUGCAGUUCCCUUGAUUCUGGUAAGCUGAUGAUUUGAACCCUCCAAGUUAGCACAUUAACUUAUUUUGGAACAUCGUAUCAAACCUUAGCCAUAUGAACCACAAUUAAUGCAGAAGGGUGACCUACUGACCUUUGCUGGGAUUUUCCUGUGUUUGUUUGGCGGAGCAGCUGAUUAAUAGCUAUUCAGAGGAAGUAAUCGAUAGGUAGAGGCGUUUUGAUUCCUGUUUCUUCAGGAUGUUUGUGUUCCACUCUUCAUAUGUCCAUUUGUUGGAGAUGAUUGCUUUUCAGUGUCGUUUGCUCUCCCACUUCUACCUACGUGAGGUAGCUGGCGAUGGUUCCGUACUCGGAGGGGUGGAGAUUGAGGUUGCGGUUGUCCAGCAAGGAGCAAGCAUAAGAGGCUUUUCUUUGGGUGUGCAUUUCGGCUGGCUCACGAUGCCCCUUAGAAGAGGUUGGUUGCUUUCUGUUAGGAAUUAAUUAGCACAUGCCUAUUGUUGCUAAUUAACGAACAGUUAUUAGCAAAGGGUGUGUCCAACCCCGAACAGUCAUGUCCUUUUCUCUCUCUAAUGCCAACAGGCACCUGUUCUGGAGAGAUGAUGCCUUCAAACAGGCACCUCUUCUUCCCAUCUCUUUCAGAUGUAUAUAUACUUGAGAUUCAAUAUAAACCAGGACUAGUCACUUUUAUUCAA